CUUAAUUCCAAAUUUGACAUUCUUUUCAUCAAAUUAUAACAGAUUGCCAGCAGCUGUUAGUUUUUUUUUUAUUAAUUUAAUUUGAAAAAUGAUUUUUGAUCGUUGGGCUUCUCUAGCUGUAACUCGAAACAGGGCAGAAUCCGUGCAACUCAAAAAGCAAUUGGAUCACUUAGAAAAGCAAAAAUAUAAGGAAAUUAUUAUUCUUAAAAAUAAGAAAAAUGACUACAGAAAGAGGUGUCUUAUAGAUCUAUCUUCGAAAGAUUUUGGUUCCCAGGACGACCUUUUAAGCUUUGAAAACUUACACAUUAAAGGUGCAGAUGAUCGAUCAGCCUCCAGAUCAAACAUAUCCUGCGAUUACAAUUCCUUGCAUCGUAUGGUUUUUACUAAAGAUACAGUUGAUAUAGAAAAGCUCCUAAUACUCCAUUUGAUAUCUGUACAUAAAUCAGAGACUCUAACACCGUCACGCCAUAAGUUAUCGACAGUGCUGAAAGAAAACGAUCCUACGGCCAGAUUGAUUGAAAAAUCUCGGAGACCGUUCUACAUUGACGAAACUAUAAUGGACUUAAUACCUUUUUACACAAUAGAAAUGUGCGAAUACGGUCCAAAUGGAGAAAAACGCCGUCCUAUUCUUAACAAGGACAAGAGACUUGCGAAUCGAGUCCUUUUUAACAGAAACAUUAGAAAAUUGGUAAUAACAGUUUUUAGUGCUUUGCACAAAUCGAACUUUUUGAAGUUCAAGAAAUUGAUACAGUUAGCGCAAGAUCCGGAAUCGAUUAAGAACAUGUUGACAAAACCGAAAUCGACAAAAUUUAUAGAAGCAAUAGGCGAUCAAUUAUUGAUAACCAGUACAGAAAACUUCACUUUGACACCUCCAUUCAAGCUCAAAACUAGAGACCUGAACAUCAGGACUGCGUCUGGUUCUUUGGAAAAUGUCAUCAAGAAUUUAAGAACCAGAGUCCUUCAAAUCCCCUUACCGCUUUACCAUCAGACCGACUCGAAAGGGGAUUUUCAAAAAACAGCAAUGGCCAGAAGAUACACGGCAACCUCAUACGCCAAUCCAUUUAAGAUAGACGAUUUCGUCUCCUUGGCUGCUGAUAAAUACGCCAGACCACCACUGAAACUAAAAUUAUCUAAAAUGUAUAAAGAAGAUAAAAAAGACGAUGACAAUAAAGCGUAUCUGCAAAAAUCUAUUCCGAAUUUUGUUAAGAAGAAUAUUGAAUUAGCUGGAAAGGCGAAGAGAAUCGAAUACGAUGUGGAGCGCGACAUAAUAAAAUUACCAAAUAGAAGGGAGUCGAAAAGAAUCAGCAUGAUCGGUGCGCACGCAUUUAGAGAAAGAAAGAACUCGAACGUUGGUGCUACGUAUAUUGGAUAUAGAGCCAUGCCCAUUUCUCCUGAGGAACCUGAGCAGCCAGAAGCAGAAGUGGGGUUGACCGAUAUUUUAAAAAAUGUUCCAAGACAAUCGGUUACUAGCGUUAUUGAACACGCUGCUGCUGUGGCAAUUGAAACUCACCAUACUCUGUAUGCUCACCAUACGGAUAAAGAACAUAAAAUUGAACAUCUGCAAGAUACAGCUAAGAGAAGAAGAAUUAGUGAGCAGAGUGAUACUAGAUCACAUAGGAGGAGCGGCGAACAAGUCAGGCAUAACCAUCCAAUCGAUCCUGAUCGAAGAGGCAGUAGGCAGUACAGUAUUUAUCAGACGACUUGUCCCGCUUGUAUGGAGAGAUGGAGGAAUCCACUGCCUACUCCUAAAAGUCCGAGGUUACACGUCGAAAAAGAUCCCUUAAAAACUGACAGCAAACAGAAAAUAGACAAGUUAAUAGACAAGGAGCUUUUUACGUUAGAAACUUACGAUAAGAAAUUUUUGGAACGUUCGAGUGGGUCGAAAUCCAAGGAUAAAUCGCAAGAAUACGAAGAUUUUAGCAUCGAUCCAAUACAACUUGCCAUAAUAGAACAAGAGAUACGACAAAAAGAAACGCAUAAGAAGGUGGAAAAGUUUAUUAAGGAAAACAGUUAAAAGAAAUUAUUUAUAUCGAAUUAGAAUUUGAAAUCGAAUUUUUAAUCCAGAAUCCACCUGAAAUAAAAUCAGUAUAAGCAUUUUCACGGUGAUCUUUAAUAAGACAUUUUUCGUAAACCAACUAAAUUAUCGAUAGAAUCAACCGAUUUAACAUAUUUUUACUUAACAUCAUUUCAAAUAAACAUAGUAACUUAAAUUUUAUUAUCUGAUAUAAACUUUUCAUACAGUUUUAAAUAGAAACAAAGAAAAUAUAUCUUCUACAUCUGACAAAGAAACUCGAACAUACCCUGCUACAAUUAAAGAGAAGCUUAUUUACUGAAUACCAUUUUAUAUUAAACAGAUUUUGAUACUUUAAUUACAAAAAAAGGUAAAAAUCGAUAUAUUUUAACCAGACUCAUCGUAUUGGUUUUCAAUAUUUUCCGAAAUAAGUCUGAUUGGAGUUCAUCGUGAAAAAGCCUGCAAAGCCUGGUGAAAAACUCCACACAACUGACAGAUCGAAAAUAAAAUAGUAAUAAAACAAAUUGCUAAAAUAAAUAAGAUACAAUAUGAUAACAAAAUAAACUACUACCAAAAUUAA